UUACAAUUAAUGACCAUUUGAUUAAAAAUCUUUAAACAUUGUUAACUCUAAAAUGUCUUUUGAUAAACCAGUGAAUCAAAUACUAAGUGAUUCAACAGGUAUUGUCUGCGAGAAAAAUACAGCGAUUAAAGAAUUUGCUUGUAUUCCGGGACCCAAACCAUCACUUCCUCUGAUAGGGACGGGAUGGCAGUACUUCAAGUACAUUGGUCGAUAUGAUUUGUCGAAACUACAUGAAGCCAAUCAACACAAAUACCACACAUACGGCCCCAUUCUUAAGGAAGAAUAUCAAUGGCGAAAACCAAUUAUACAUAUAUUUGAUCCAAAAGACUUUGAGGUUGUGUUUAGAAGUCAAGGCAAGUGUCCGAUAAGACCUGCAAAUGAGUUCGUUUCGCACUAUAGACUAAACAAUGCGCAUAAGUAUCCAAACGUUGGCUUAUCUAAUAUGAUGGGUGAGGAGUGGUACCAACAAAGACAACUCUUGGCCCCGGCAUUGAUGAGUUUGAAAGCCGUUCAAAAUCACAUUCCUUCACAGAAUGCAAUAUGCGAUGACUUUAUGGACUAUUUGUGGCAAAUAAAAGAUCCAAUCAGUAAUGUUUUGGAUGACUUAUCGGACGCUACAUAUAGACUAGCCUUAGAGUCUAUAUAAGUUCAACAAAAGCUGUUCCAAGAGGUGAGUGGUGUGAUGGGUGACAGUCCACUACUCACAGCAGAUAUGAUAGCAAACAUGCCUUACCUCAAGGCUUGUGUAAAGGAGUGCUUCCGACUCACCAAUACUGUGCCCGGAAUCACACGAGUGCUCUCACAACCAACUGUUCUCUCUGGUUAUCAUAUCCCGGAAAAUACAAUCAUAUUCUCUCAUUUGAUGGUUACUUCGAGACUGAGUGAAUACUUUACGAAUCCGUUGAGCUAUAGUCCGGAGCGUUGGUUAGGCGCCGACCACUCGGCGUUGCAUUCGUUCGCUUCACUGCCUUUCGGUUACGGGAACCGCAUGUGUGUCGGCAAACGAUUCUCCGAACUCGAGCUCUAUUUGUCAACCGCUAAACUCAUUAACAGAUAUCAAAUAACUGCUGUUCAGCCCAAACUGGAUCUCAAAUUUUGCUUUAUUAUAAUUCCCGAACAAAAAAUCUCAUUAAAACUAACUUUAAGAAAAUAG